GAUACUUAGACAAUACAGAUGUCUGGUAUAUUGUAGAUGGUCAACCACCACUCCAAGUUCAUGCUAAGACAAUUCUUUUCUGUUCUCCCCAAAAACAACAUUACAAGGAAUUUGAUAAGAUGGUGGGAACAACAAUACGAUUAAUGCCAGUAUGGUCAUGGAACGAGGUUAACGAAUGCAGGAUUGGUAUGUUCAAUCAUCUUGAAGACUCACGCUGGGGAGGGAUUCCUCGAUUCAUCCUAGAAAAGGCUCUAGAUUCCUCUCAGCAAAAUCAUCUCGAAGAUGCAAUUAGCAAGAGUAAUGGGAGAUUAUUUGAAUUUGUUGGAGAAAUUGACCACGCCGAUGAUGUCAGUCACAGGAUCAUUCAUAUCCACACGAAUCUACCUGAUGAAGAUGGAGGAGAGAACGAAGAGAGUGAAGAGGCUCCCUACAUUCAAAAAUUCAUACGAUUUGCAUCUGAAUGGGUGGCUGAAAAAGUGAUGGACAAACUCGAAAGGAAUUACAGUCAACAGUUAAGGAAUUUUGUGAUAGCAAGCUCGUCGGAAAAUGAAUAUAGUACGCUUCGGGGCGUCAUAUUCGAACAGAUUGCACAUCGAAUUUUACAAAAGGGAGGGACAUUUAAUAUUCGUCCUUUAGAAUCCGACAUCACAAGUUCUACAAUUGAAAUUCCAGAACGGAUCAAGUUGGUAUUUAAUGACAUUAAUAAGAUCGAGGAGGGCAAGUACUGUCAACCGAUUCAAAAGAAUUUUACAUCCGUUGAUGCAGUUGUUGCACCUGACACACUCUUUCAGAUGACCGCGAGCAAAAUCCAUCCUAUUAAUAUGAAUGGCAUGAAAAAGCUUGUUGAAAAAUUGGGCGGAAAGUCGGGAA